AUGACCGUCAUACCAUUUCGUUUUAAUGGUUUUCGAGCUGGUUUUUUUGAGUAUGUAUCAUCUGCCACACCAAAUUAUUUAACAGUAAAUAAUGUAGAAACGCAUAGUAAAAAUAAUAUGGGCACAGUUGAAAUAAAAUCGCAAGACCCAUUUCAAAUACCAUUAAUACAGUUUCAACUAUUUAAUGAGCAUGACGAUGAUCUUAGUCGAAUGGUACAAAAUCUUCAAUAUGUACGAAAACUGUUAAAUCGUAAGCCCUUAUCCAAAUAUAUUGAAGAAGAAGUAUCACCGGGUUCGAAUGUAACAUCGACAGCAGAUCUUGAAGAACAUGUACGAAAAAAUGCCUGGGGACAUCACGGAUGCUGUUCGGCAAAAAUGGGUUCUUCUGCUGACAAAAUGGCUGUUGUAGACUCAAAAGGACGAGUGAGAAAUAUUAAAAAUCUUCGUAUUAUCGAUAUUUCUAUAUUUCCGAUAGCAAUGGGUUGGUUUCCAACGUUACCGAUAUAUUUGGCAUCGGAAAAGUUGGCUGAUGAUAUUGCUACACAUUACGGCAGAUGA